AUGCUUCGAGCUACCAAACUAUCGCAACGCAGUGCAGCAAAGUGGCGAAAGAGGUCAGAAUCCUCCCCAACUUCUUAUGGUCCUGCCCCGGGAGGCGGAGAUGUGCUAUCGAUUUGGCUGUCUCACGGAUUACCAUUUCACGACAGCCUCGAGCUGCUGAAAGAGCUGCAGCGACGGCAAAUGGAGCGUCGUGAAGAGGAAUCUGGCCGUUGCUGUCCGUCUGCUUUGAUGCAUCAACGCCUGUUGCUCGAGCAUGGGGGAGGCGAAGAGGCGCUAGAGCUCGCCAACGAGCUCGAACUGACAGCAGCAGCCACGGCUGCAGCGGCUGCAGCCGUCGCUGGAGGAACCCAAUGGUCUUCUGAUCUCGUGGAGGCAGCGAUAAAAGCUGCAGAACCUGCAUGGCUAUCGCUUGGCCUUCAGAGUGCUGCAACUGCGCCUGCUGCAGGCUUGCUGCCGGUAGCACUGCACAGUCUUCCGCAUGCAGCCGACAGCAGCAGCUCUCCUAGCGGCAACGACGGCGGCACCAACAGCAGCCGUGAGAAGCAGAUGGCUGUUUCCUUGCAGCAGCAAAUCCAUAUGAAUGCGUUCGCCGUCUUGCUGCGUAUGGGGCGUUUGGAGGAGGCUGCGCUUGCCGCAGGCAAAAUGGUGCAAGGAAGUGACGGCAGCGGUGCUGCUUGCUCGCUGGCUCUGGCUGCUGCCUUGCUGCAACUUGGGACUACGGCAGCAAGAGCAGCAGCAGCAGCUGCUGCUGCUGCUGGCUGCGGGCAGUCGCGGUGUACACCAGCGGCAGCGGCAGAGACUUCCACAGGAAUAUUUUUGUCUCUGCAAAGGGGCAAGCUGCAGUGGCCUUUGCUUCUUUCUCUGAAUGCUGUUGCAACGGUUUCCCUCCAUCUUGCGCUGCUGUUGAACAGUCAGCCUCACCUGGUAAGGCAGCUUGCGACAGACCCCACGCGGCUCCUGCAGUCGCUGAAAGAAGCCGUCCACGGCGUCCAGCUCGACCUCGCCGCCUACGGAGCAGAGCAGCGACAGCAGCAACGAGGGCACAAAGAGCAGCGAGAGGAAGAAGAGCAGCCAGAGGAAGAAGAGCAGCCCCCCCAGCCCCGAGAGCAGCAGGCUGCGAGCUGGAUCCCCCUGGCAGCCGCUUCGCAGCUGCCAGAAGUGCCUUCUGCAGCCCCAGCAGCGACAUCGACCCCCGGCGGAAACGGCGAGGCGCAUGCAUGCGCCUCCAUGCGUGGUCUACCUUUCGGCAGUCUCCGCAGGAACGAGGGCUCUUCCUUGCCUUUCAGGGAGCUCUCGAGGCACCAAGCGGCUGCCGCUGCAGCUGCCGGAGCAGCAGCUGCAGACGCCGCUGCUGCUGCGGCAGCAGCAGGACUGCUCCUGGCGACUGCAGAUGCAGCAGACCCCUUCCGGCUUGCAGGCUGCACGAAGCGUCUGGACGCCUCGCCCGACGCGAAAGCAGUCUCCAACGCGCGACUCCUUGCACCUGGCUACCAGCUGCGCAAACCGCUCGGCGCGAGAGCCUCAUCAGGCUCUCCCCAAGAACCCCACCGAGCAGAGGCUCCCGAGGCAUCCGACUUUCGGCUCGAGGCACCACUCCUCGCAGACCCCUUGCGCGUGCAGCGGCGGCCGCUUUUGCAGCGCUGCACUCCGCGCGCAGCUGCGACGGCAGCAGGCGCGGCUGUGGCUGCCGCCUCCGAAAGAGUCACUUGCUUCCUGGAAAUCUCGGAUGCAUGCGCGCGUCUCAUGGCGCUUGUGUGCUCAGCUGGCGCUGUCUUGCGCAGACGCAGCAGCGGAAGCGGCAGCACCCCCCGCAGUGCGACGAGAAGUGCUCCUGAGGGAGAAGCGAUUCCGGGGGAUCCGCUGAAAGACGCGCUCUUCGGCCGUCACCAACAGCAGCAUCUUGCUGCCAAGCUGCGCACCAAGGUUCUGCUCUUGCGCUGCUACGUGCUGGUAGGAAGAUGGUGCCGCCCGCAGCAGCGCCCCCCUGCAGCCGCCGUGCAGCAACUGCGACCUCUUCUGCUGCAGUUGCUGCGACACACAGUGACUUCGCUCGUCUGGCCGUGGGGGGGGAGUGUCGGCAGCGAAGUCUGCACAGAAUGCGCGAGUAACACCUGCAGCAGCAGCUCUACCCCCAUCGCCGACGAAAGCGGCUUCUGCUGCACCAGCUGCCGUGACGGAAUGAGCGGCCUUCCGACUGUCUCAACGGAGGUGGACUUGCUGGGGAGUGCAGCGCCACUCGCAGGCUUAGACGCUGCCAUGGCUGCAGCCGCUUUGCUGCUGCUGCUUCAGGCAAGCAGCAGCUGCCCGCAGCUGCUGCCGUCGGAAGUCUUGAGCUCGGCUCUGCCUCUCUUCGCCCCUAGACACCACGCCAGCAGACUCUGGAGUCUUUUCUCUGCAGCACAAGCUGCUGCAGUCCGCUGCGGGAGCAGCAGCCAUGCACCGCUGUAUGCCAUAGGACCCCACGUGCCGCCGACAUCGUCGUCAGGAGCAGCUGUGGCGCCUUCCCAAGAAGUGUACAUGCAGAUUUUGUGGCUGCACAAAGCCGCCGCAGACGGAGAGUUCGCACUGACACAAGCAGCUGCAGCUGCUGCUGUCGGGGAGUAUCCAGGGUCCAUCCUAUCCGGAGGCUGGAUGGAGACUCCAAUGUUUGCUGCUGCCGCUGCUGCUGCAUCGCCAUGCGCUUCUAGAGCGCUGCUGCUGAAGGAGAGCGUGCUGCUUGCUGCAGCACAGCAGCUGCAGCUGCCGCUGCUCCACUUGCAGCGGCUGCUUCGCUGCUGCUGCUGCACGAAGGGGCCAGAACGGCAACCUUCCGCGCUUGUCGUUGCCUCGGUAGACGCCGAUGCUCCUGGAUGCAUGUGCGGCUUCCAGGGAGCCUUCCAAAGAGAAGUGCUGCUGCUGCUCCAACUGGAUCUGCAGCUUGAUGCUCUAACGAGCAUGGGUGCCAGCAGCAUUGGCAGCAGCAUGGGUGUCGAGCUGCUUGCGCAGCUGCAGAGAGAAGCGACGGCGGCUUUGCUGCAUCAUAACUCUACACUGUACAUGCAGCUCCAGCUGCGAGUUGCAAUGGUGGAAUUGCUGCUGCGGCGGUUUGCUAGGGCCAUACAGAUGCUGCCGCUGCUGCAGCGGCUGUUGCAGCAGCACCAUCUGGUGGAGCGAUGGGAGCCUCGGAUGGUAGCGGAGAUGUCUUACUUGAAGGCAGUGUGCUGCUGCCAUGUGGGGUCGGCGCUGUUGCAGCAGCAGCACCACCAGGAUCUGACUCGCUUAACAAGCGCCAGCCAGAAGUCUACGAGCACGAUCACCGAGACACCGCGAUUUCAGCAGCAAGUCUCAGAAGCUGACAGCCCUGCCUCGUCUUCCGCGAUCCUACAUCCAGACGCCUCUCCCACGAAGGAGGCACUCAGGUUCAGCAAUUUCAGCGGCUCUGCAUGGGAGGAGCACACAUUGGGGGGGGGAACCGCCACAGCGAAAAUCCCAUCUACAGCAGCAGAACUGAUGCUGCAUGCGGCGGCAGCACACGCGGAAACUGCUCGAAAGGUGUGGAACGCAGAUGAACAGGCUCUGGGCUUGCGGAGGGGCAGCUUCCAGCGCAAGCGACAGAGAGAUAUGCUGGUGGCUUCCCUCACCUCUGUGGCUCUCACACUGCAACAAGCGGCAGCCGAGGCAGUAGCGAGGUCGAAAGGUCCCCGCCUACCUGGUUGGCAAAUUGAGUUGCGGCAGCUCCCAGUUUCCACAUGCAGUGGUGCAUGA